CAAGGUGGUCUAAGCCAUGAAUGAAGGGAUAAUCACUUUGAUUACAUUGUAUGGAUGUGUGUGUGUGUUUCUAUCUAUAGGUCAAAGCAGAUAAACUGUUAGCAGAAACCUUCUAUUGAGAUACCUGAAGAUGGAUCAGAGGCCCAAGUCUAGCAUCCAAUUAGUGAAGCCCAAUGGUAUCGGCUGAGGGCUAUCGUGUACAGGCAGAACGACCAUAGGCAUGAAAGGGGAGUUAGAGAAUUGAUCAAGGGAGGAUCCAGGAAAUUAAUUAGAGAAGGGCUGGACUAGAGAGGGGCUGGACGAGGGCAACAGAAGACUGACUGGGGGAGAGAGGUUUUCCAUGUAUAAGAAGGGGAGAGUGAACGAGAGGGGGUCUUGCUUAUUUGUACUCUGAGGACUAGGGUUGAAUCAUCUGGAUUCAAACUUGGUCUUUGGAAAUUUCCAUUUGUGAACACCUACAUUCUUUGAUGUACUCUGCUUUCUCUUUUGAGGAAAGUUGGUACCAUAGGAAGUUAACCACUGUGCUCUGAUAACUUGGUGAGUAGACUGGACCCGAACUAGCAAUGGUAAGCUUGAGGAGGCGCAGGCUUUUGGGUCUAUGCUCAGGAGACAAUUCGUUUGUCACUCCGCUUCCUCUAUACUGUGAGAAUCUAGCUGGUGAUGAAAAUUCAAGUCAGCAUGGUAAACCUAAGAGACAGAGUGAACAAGCUGUACUUUCGGAUAUUGCAAGCGUCCUAGACAGUAAUACCAUUGUGAAAGAUGAAUCAGGAUCAUCAAAUGCAUCUGGUUCCAGCUCGUCCAAAGAGCAGCCUAGUCAACAGAGCAUAGAGCCUCCUAUUAAACGCAGAAAGCGGCAUUCAAGAAAACCUAUACACAAUCAAGAACCGUGCUUAAUGAGAGGGGUCUAUUUCAAAAAUAUGAAGUGGCAGGCAGCAAUAAAAGUGGACAAGAAACAGAUCCAUCUAGGGACUGUUGCUUCGCAGGAAGAAGCUGCUCACUUAUAUGACAGGGCUGCUUUCAUGUGUGGGAGAGAGCCCAAUUUUGAGCUGCCUGAAGAAGAAAAACGGGAACUGCGUAAGUUCAAAUGGGAGGAAUUCUUGGCAAUGACUCGACAGGCAAUUACCAGUAAAAAACACAAGGGAAGGCAUAGUCCAGGACCGCGUAAUAGGAUUGAAGAACCUUCAUUGCACAUAGGUGAUUCUAAAAGUAAGCAAGUAGCGAAUGAUUUCUCUGGUAGCGGAUAUGCAGAGCAAGAAACUGCAAUCUCUGGAAAUACAUGAUUGAAGAAGGAAAUAUGAGGAUGGAACAUCCGGUUCAAACAAUUUUAGUUAUCAGAUCAAUUUUCAUUUUUAUUAUCCUUAAGAUACGCAAAAUACUAUAGCCUAAACCAAUAAAUAGCAUAUGGACCAGUUCAUCAAACUACGAAGCUAAUAAAGAAUCAAAGAUACAUUUCUUUAUUUUACAUUUGGUUUUCUAUGUAUCUGAAGUUAGUGGAACAUAUUGUAGUAUUAUUUUUAAAUGGAUAUUUUUUCAGGCAGUUAAUUAUAUUACCAUAUUUUCCCAUGA